CUGUUUCUCUAGUGUAUUUGCCACCCUCAUGCUUCUUUCUCCAUCCAAGAUCCAACACCAUAAGAGCCAGAUUAGCACUCACACACACAUACAGCUAUGUAUUAAGUUGUAUGAUCAGAGCUUGUGACUUUGGCCUAACUUUACAUAUUAAAAAAAGGGUUUCUUUUUCACACUGACAUGUCCUUCCUCCCACCUGAACCCAUGUUUUUUGGCUAUGAAGAUGACCACCACCCUCCUCAUGAUUUACAAGGUGUUCAAACACUCUUAAUGAGGAGAUCCAUGUCGUAUUCCGGUAUGGAGCGGUGUGAAGAAACGCGUGGUGCUGCAGCCGAAGAUGAUAUGUCGGAUGAUGAUGGAUUGCAGCUGGGAGAGAAGAAGAGAAGACUCAAUUUGGAACAAGUGAAAGCUCUUGAAAAGAGCUUUGAGUUGGGAAACAAGCUUGAGCCUGAAAGGAAAACUCAACUGGCUCGCGCUCUCGGGUUGCAGCCAAGGCAAGUAGCUAUAUGGUUCCAGAACCGAAGGGCGCGAUGGAAGACCAAACAAUUGGAGAAAGAUUAUGAUGUCUUAAAGAGACAAUUUGAGUCUGUUAAGGCUGAUAAUGAUGCUCUCAAAACCCUAAACAAGAAACUUCAUGCAGAGUUAUUGGCUAUAAAAGGUGGAGAAGCAAAUGGGAUUAGACCCAUAAAUCUAAACAAAGAAACAGAAGGAUCAUGGAGUAAUGGAAGUGAAAACAGUUGUGAUCACAACACAGUAACAGGCACCAUGACACCAUCAGAAGAGAGCCCAAUAUUUUACUCCCAAAUUUCAAGCAACAUCUACCCUACCAUGUCAUCUAUGGGACCAAAUUCCGGCCUAACACAACUUCUACAAAGCCCUUCGACAACGGAUCUCCUCGGCCAGCGAUUUAAUCAAACAGUCGGCAACGAAGGAUUCUGCAACAUGUUUAACGGUAUGGAAGAUCAACCCGGUUAUUGGCCAUGGCCUGAGCAGCAUCCUCAACAUCUUCAUUGAAGUUGAGUUUUUCUCACAAAAGUCCUUUUUUUUUUUUACUUUUCAAAGUUGAUACAAGCACCCAUUUUGCAAUGUAAUUGGUGUAUAGAAUUGGAUUAUAUGCAUUUUGUUUUAAUUAAUUACGAGAUGGAAAUGAAAUUUGAAAUACGCAUCGAUUUGUAGCCAUAGUUGAAUUGUUGUAAUAUAGCAUGGCAGCAUGCUAUGAGAAUGAAUUUAAUUGGAGUACAUAACAAUUAUUGUAUCUGAA